AGUGUAAAUAGGUUUUGACAAACCAACAUCUGCAUAUGUGAUAAGAAGAUUGGCCUGGUUGUUAUAUCUGAUGAAAUGCUGAACAACACAUGCAUUUUUUUUUUAGACUAAUGUGUCAAUACAAUAAGUCUAUAUAAAGUCAGGAAGAAUGUGGUUUCCCAACAUUAGAUCAUCUUGUAAGAUUUAGAAGAUGGAUCUCUUUGCAAAAAAUGAAAUUAAGAUCUAUGGAGAUGAAAUUUAUUGGGUCCUACAAAAUAGGACCAUACUGCGAGAUUAAGGGUUUUAUAUCUUGUAAUAUUUGCACCUGAUGAUUAUUAAUUAGUUUAGAUUUAUGGAAAUUCACCUACAUGUGGGGACAUCUUGAUGUGAAUGGAAAAAAAUCAAUUUCGAAUGGAUGUAAAACAAAUACGACCGAUUAAAAGAGGCAUAUAACCUGUUUUAGAUUUGGGGAAGAUCGUAGAUAUUCCUAUUUCCGAUGAAUUAUUACUUAAAAUAUGAUGAGCGUGGACUAGAUUUACAGGACUUGUAACUCAAUAUAUGUAACCGUGUGUCAGCAUGUCAAGAAUUACAACUUGAUGGUUGAAUGGUCUCGGACAUUGAUCCCGUGCUGCUGGGAGGCCCUGAAUUCAACCCAGGCCGGCACAUGAAGAAAAAGUAGAAAAGGGCAUACAGGAGUUCGACUGAGUUUAUAAUCCAUUUCUUCACAAUGUCAGAAAGUUGUAAAAGCAUAGUUCAAUUAUCUAAUGACGAUUCUUCCUCGGAGGAGGAGGAUCUUUCAGAAACCGAUGAUUCUGAGACGGAAACAGAAUCUUUCUAUGACGAAUCACUCGGAUAUUACAACGAUGAGCAUCGGUCCAAAAAUGAAAUAAACAUCAACCUGCUCAGUAAUGGUCUCGAGUUGUCUGAAGCUUUUGUAGACAGUUUUGGCCUUAAAGAUGCUAAAAUGUACGACAAGAUGCUCGACGUCAAAGAGAGUCUACAGCUCUGUGAGAAGUCACCAGAGAAAUAUAAGCAUUGUAAAAUCGAGAUUUUCAAUGCUCACAAAGCAGUAUGUACAACAAUGAACGAUCAAAUGGAAAUAGAAAUUUCGGGAAGGUCAAAAUGUGGCAUGGUCUUCAAUGAAGAUGAAGUUGUAGUGGAAAUCUUGAAUAUCGGUAAAGACUUUGUAAAAUCUUAUAAAAUUCUUGACCGCAAGAUUUAUGGAAAAGUCAUCUCCAUUACGAAAAGGAGAGAAACCAUUCCAAAACACCCUGUAUUUGUUUGCACACUUGAUGAUCGUUUUUCGCAUUAUAUGAUACCCCUUUGCAACACAAUCCCAAAGAUUUAUGUGUUGAAUGAAAAACAUGAGAGAUCCAAGCAACUUGUAGUUCAAGUAUAUAAAUUCGAUCCAGAAACGAAGCAGCUGGUAUUCGAUAAAUCGAAAUGCAUAAAUGAGUCCCAACGAAAGGAAUAUUCAUUUUUUGUAUGUAUUAUAAAGUGGAAAGAUAUAUAUCCUUUGGGUGCUGUGAUUAAGGUUCAAGAUCCAGAUUAUGAUGAGGAAACUUCCCUUAGCAUAAUUUGUCUGGCAAACAAAGUGUCUGUUUUUUAUAAAGAAAAGACAAUGAAGAAAGUUCAAGAAAUAUUGGAGCAGGAUUCAGAUGGUAACAAAGAGGAGGGGAGGGAGGAUUUUUCCCAUCUCGAUGUUUUCACGAUUGAUAAAAAGGGAUCAAAAGACUUAGAUGAUGCACUUAGUAUAAAGGAGAUUUCAGAUUCUAAAUUUGAGGUCGGUGUACAUAUUGCAGACGUUGGCAGUAUAGUGGAAAAGAAUGAUGAUGUAGAUUUAGAGGCACAACAGAGAUCAACUACAUUUUACCCUGGAGAAAAAUACCGUGCAUACCAUAUGCUACCAGAACCAUUUGCAACUGGGCAAUGCAGCCUUCUUCCUAACAAAAGAACGAAAACGUUAUCAGUUUUCUUCAUCGUUGACUGUUUCGGAAACAUCUCAAAAGAUAAAUCAGAGGUAAAACGAACAUUUGUUAAGUCAAGACGUUCCUUUACAUAUCAGCAAGUUCAGAAAAUAUUAUCAGGAGAAGAAAAUGUUGAUUUGUAUUAUGAAAAAGAAUUGUGUCUGUUGAGUGAAAUUUCCAAGAAAAUACGCUUUAAACGCAUAGGAAAUAAAAUAUUUUCCUUUCCUUUCGAAGCAAAAUACAGCGAAUCAAGUGACGCUUAUUAUAAAUCGCUAGAAGCACGGUAUAUAGUCGAAGAGUUCAUGAUUCUCGCAAAUCAAUUCAUUGCAGAAAUUUUGCUCGAGAGAUAUCCCGAUUGUGUACCUCUGCGUAUUCAAGGCGAACCAUCUUCAUGUCAAAUGAAAGACUGGAUAGAACGUCAUCCUAUUAUUUCCAAUUUUGUCCUCUCGCUACAAAAUCGAAUUUUGCCAACAAAUCAAACGUUGUCAAUUGACAGUGUUCAUGCAGACAAUUUGUCUCAUCAAAUACCAGUGCAAAAAUAUAUCUGGAAGAAAAUGAAAUGGGAAUUUAACAUGGGAAAGUAUAAACAUGUUAAAAGAUUUAUUGGCACUGAUGAAUUUCACCCACAACAAGCUAUGGCGUAUGAAUCGUGGAUUGCAUUUCAAAAGACUUCGACUUAUCAAUGUUCCGGGUUGCCUCAUAAACGAAUGCAUUUCUCUUUGGGGCUUUAUCCAUACGUUCAUUUCACAUCUCCUAUACGGCGUUAUGCAGACUUGAUUGUCCAUCGACUGGUCCAUGCAAAGCUAAACAAAACACCUUCACCUUACGCCAAAGAGGAGGUCAAUGAGCUGUGUAAGAAACUCAACGAACGCCGAUCUUUGGAAUUCGAUAGACAGUGCCGAUUAUUUCAUUUAGGAAGACAGCUUCACAGACGUCCUCGUUUAUGCCAUGGCUUGACCAUGUCAGCCUCUGAAAAAGCUCUUCGGGUAUGCUUCCCUGGAAUGCGAGUGUUAUCAAAGUCAUGCAAUGAAAUUGAAUUUCGUUUGCUUAAGGUGAAGUCAAAACCUGCCUUCACAGGCAAUCGUGAAGCAGAUCAACUUCUUGCUUUGACUUGGCAACAACGUUUGUAUUCAUUGAGGGGACAAUCGUCCAAAAUAUCCGAACCCAUUUGCAGUCCCGUCAAAUUAAAUCCACAUCAAAAAAUACAGUUCGUAUCCCUCGGGAAAUGGAAGAAAGUUAUAAAUGCUAUGAUAAAUGACAAUCUGUAUACAUUAAAAGAUGAUAUUGACGAGAAAGAGAUUUUAGAAGUCGUCCCAGAGUGUCAUGAAACAUACAGCGACACAACUUCUGAAAAACAGAAUGGUAUCAUCAUUAAACAAUGCACCGAAUUCAGUUUAUCUUUCAACCGCGGACAAGUUAUUCCUGUUCAACUCGGAGCGGACCAGAGAGGAGGGAUGCUGUUGCCAGCUAUUCAUCUCUUAGAAAUUACGAACAAUGUGAAAUGUUGUCUUCAGCAUAUGUCUGAUCCAGUUCGGUGUUUUGCAGCAUAUGCCACUACCCAUGCCGGCAACCGAAGAAUGACAGAAUCUGAAUACAAGCAACGAUGGUUGGAUAUAUUCCGAAUGGAAUCCGUUACCAACGCUUCCAAAUCGAUGGCAAUAAUCAUAAACGAUCUUCCAAUAACUUUUCGUGCUUCUACACACAGUGAUGGAUUUUUUGUUCUAACUAGAACCUUUUGUCAAGACCGAGAUGUGGAUUUACGAUGGGAAAGGCCAAACACUGGCUGUGAAACUACCCCUUUUGAAAGGAACUUUCUUUGCAUUCGGUGUGAAAUGGUGAAUGGAACUCCAUCGCGAGCAAGGACUGCCUGCUCACCGAAUAAUCGGUACAUAUGGGUGGGUCAUGGAGAGACAAAGUUUAUUCAAAGAGAGAACAGUGAAGCUAAAGUAUAUUUCCUAUUGCACAAUGAGAGUAGACGGCCAACGCUAGCAAUGAAUUAUGCUUCCAACACUCUCUGUACUGUUGAAAUUCUUCAAAUGUCAGCAACUGACAGUCGUGUUGAAAUGAAUUUAGAAAAAUUAGACAAGGCAACGGAUUUAGCAAGGUCGAUAGCUUUGAGAGAUAGGAAACCCGAACUUGACAGAUCACAUGUGAGGUUGGGAAUCGUUGUAAAUCUGGAAAAGUUCGGAUCCGUCUUGCCGCCAAAUAAUGAGGAACAGAUCCAGGCGAUCAGGAAGGCCCUGUCUGUGCGGUUUACACUGAUACAUGGUCCGCCAGGUACGGGUAAAACGUUGAUCGGAAUCAAACUUGUAUUGCUUUUUGUGGACAUCAAUCUGAAGUACCGACAGAACGGUGGAGACCACAAACAAGUUGUGUAUUGUGGACCGUCUAACAAAUCUGUUGAUCUGGUGGCAAGAUGGCUACAUGUGAAACUGGGAUGUAUGUGUCCGAGUAUAGUCAGAAUGUAUGGGAGUUCAAUAGAAAACACAGUGUACCCUAUACCAGGCAGAGACUACAUCAACCGGAAUUCCAGUCAAGACAACCGACCGGAUCCGGAAUUAGCAGAUGUGUCCCUCCAUAACUUAAUACGGAAAAAAAAGAAACCAUUUGCCAAUGAAUUAAGGAAGUUUGAUGAACUUUUCGCAGAAAAUCCAGAGGGGGUUGCACCUGAAAAGAUUAAUGAAUACAACAAAUUGCUGAGUAAAGCUACCCAGGAUGAAUUAAAGCAUUAUGACGUCAUUUUCUGCACUACUGCCGUUGCAACAAAUCCUAAAUUUCUUAAAGCCACAGAGGGGAAGGUCUUUCAACUCAUUAUUGAUGAAGCAGGGAUGUGCACUGAGCCAGAAACUAUGGCUCCAAUUAUUGCUACUAAAGCGGAGCAAGUCGUUCUUAUCGGUGAUCACAAACAGCUCCAACCAAUCGUUAUUUGUCGGGAGGCGGGUAGACUUGGACUGUCGAGAUCUCUGUUUGAACGUUAUGCUGACAAUACUGUAUUCUUAAAACUCCAGUACCGAAUGAAUCCACGUAUUUGCAAAUUCCCUUCGGGACAGUUUUACAAAGAAGACCUCGAGACAGAUCUAAAGUGCUCCACAAAAUGGGAAGUCAAGAAACCUCUUUCAAUAUGGAACAACAAACACGUACCAUUGAUGUUCUGCCAUAUAGAGGGAGAGGAGAGGUUCCUGGCAGUUGCUACGGAGGAAGGAAAUCAGCAAUCAUGUAGUAACAUGGCGGAAGUGAAACACGUGGUAAAAUUGUUUGGAUUUCUGAAAUCUCACGAACGACUAAACUCGUCCCAGGUCAAAAUCAUGUCACAAUACAGAGCUCAGAAGUUUUCAAUCCAAGAAGCUCUGAAACAGAAAGGUUUCAAUGACGUUGAAGUGAAUACCGUGGUGGGCAGUCAGGGUGGCGAAUGGGACUACGUGAUAUUUAGCACCGUCCGAUCUCUCCCAGCGUACAGAAUAGAAACCCAUCCAACACUGGGCUGGUGCGGCCAGAAUCUGGGGUUUAUCACAGACCGACAUCAAAUUAACGUGGCUCUAACACGCGCCAGGAAGGGCAUCAUCAUCAUAGGAAAUCAAAACCUGUUGAAAUGUGACGCUGUUUGGAGCGAUCUGUUGGAACACUAUAAACGCCUUGGUUGUGUUGUGAAUGCGAAAGAUCAAAACCUCACUCCGCCAGUGUGAAUGCAGAACACUUGAUAUCUUACAAAGAUACAUAAUAGGAAGUCUUCCCAAGUUUUGUGCAAUUAUCACCAGUAUCAAUGCCUGCGUUUUUUUUAAUGAAUUAUUCUUUUUUUUAUUUAUUUUAAAAUGUGCACAAUUCAAAGAAAUACAUGAUAUAUCAAUGUACCUUUUCCUUUGUUGUGAAAAAUAUCACAAUUUUUUCAUACACAGCUUUGAUUUUAACAUAAUUAAUGUAGCUUUUGUUUUGUAAAUAUCUGUACUUGCAAUAUGCAAUAAAACUACAGUUGAACUUCAGUAUCUGGAACACUGAUAUCUCGAAUACCAUAUAUAUGUCGAAGUGAGUUGGAAGUCCCAACUACAUUUUCUUUCUGUAUUUUAACCUCAAUAUCUCAAACCCUUGGAUGUCUCAAAGUUUUUUUUCCAGCUGCAUCAUGUUUGAGAUAGAGAGGUUUGACCGAGUGAAACUAUUGUCAAUAUUUUAUUAAUGUCAAUGUUGCAGAGUUCCAUUUUACAUGUAAUGUUUAACGUGUUUUUAAUUCUGAUUAGUGGAAAAUCUAUGAAUAAAAAUCUAUUAAACAACA